GUUGAUAACCUGCAGCCAAUAGAAUGGAACAAAGACGCAAUGGAUCAUCUGGUGCUGGACACGAGAAAGAAAGAUAUGCUUAAAGGCCUUGUGCGCCAUCACUCAAGUCGAAACCGUCGCAGUGAGAGAGGAGAUCUCAUUGCGGGCAAGGGACGGAGCCUUGUUAUUCUCCUCCAUGGGCCACCAGGUGUCGGCAAGACGCUCACCGCGGAGUCAGUUGCUGAGGCUGUAGGAAAACCUCUUUUAGCAAUGAGCAUUGGCGAAAUGGUGUGGGAUGAGACGCAGCUCCAAGAACGGUUGAAAACUGAGUUCCAACGCGCCAUAGAUUGGGACGCAGUUCUCCUCUUGGAUGAAGCCGACGUGGUGCUCGAAGCUCGAUCAUUUGAAGAUGUGCGGCGAAACGGCAUCGUUUCCAUCUUUCUCAGAGAGCUGGAAUAUUACCAAGGAGUCUUAUUCCUCACUACGAAUAGAGUCAGCACAAUGGACACUGCGUUUCAGUCACGCAUUCAAAUCGGCGUCGGCUUUCGGAGCAUGACGCCCAAGAUCCGCGCAGAUGUCUGGAAGCAGCUGCUCACCCUGAAUGGCAGGGAUGAGAUUCUGGGGCCGGAAGCGGUCAAGAGUAUCCAAACGAGGUUGAACAAGUAUGAACUGAAUGGGCGACAGAUUAGAAACGUUCUGAAUGUUGCCGAGGGCCUUGCG